CCUAUGUACGUGACACAAAUUAUAAUGGAAGCAAAGCCGGAUAAAGAAGCCCACUCGCAGGUUAGACGAUUCCCCAGCAUCAUUAAGAUAUAGCGCACUGGGCCAAUAUGUUACUAGACCCUCUCCGAGGAUGAGAAACGCCGCCUCCGCCUUUAUGGUAGGCUGCCUCAUGGAGGAGGACUGCUCAGACGACAGUCUAGAGUAUGUUUCUGAUAAGGCAGCCCAAGGCAGCUACUGACAAGUGAAAGGAACGGAAGUACUUUGAUUCGGGUGAUUUGGCUCUCUCUACAGCCGAUAGAGAGACUGAUGAAGGCGCAAUUCAAACUGGCACAGCCCAUCCUAGACGUGAUAGCAUUUCUCGCCCUUAUGCCCCGGUUCCCAACACCAGUAAUGCCAACAAAGAUGCGAACAAAGGCUUUAGUGGCAAGAAACCCCAAAAUCCGGAAAUGAUAGAUAGUCCUCUGCAUCAACCAAUCGGCAAUACCAAUAGGAUGCAGAAACCAGAAGGAACAGUUUAGGAUGGAUGCUUUUCUGACGUUUGUUUCCGUUCAAGUUCAAUUCAGAAGAACCUUAUGUGAUGCUCAUGUCAGGUUUGGUAGAAAGAGAUCACCAGCUUAGUUACAGCAUUUGGUGGAGUAUACUACUAUUGUCAUGUCUGCUGGGCUAUUGCUUUUACCCAGACAUAAUCAUGUCGAGCUUACUACCAGAUGGAAAUAUUUUCCCGCUUGCACCGUUCAUGAUCAAAACUUUCCGAGGACCAGUUUCGGGAAACCCACGUGUCAAAUUAUAGCUGCUUCCUGAGGUAGAGUACAAGUGACGUUAAGCACUAUCGCUGCUGCUCUUGGAACUAUUAAGUCUGGUGUCAUAACUGUCGCUAGCUGAACUCUCGUAUAUAGGCUCAUAGCAUUGCUGUACUCAUUGAAUGGUGUUGGGGAGCGGCGCAUAGUCGUCAUUACUUGAAGUCUUUACUUGUGUGAUAACAAGCCGUUUAAUUCCUUGGCUCUGUUC